AUUUGUGAAUAAACAAAGCAUAACAUUACAUAUUUGCUAUAACAAACAAUGGAGACUGCCAAGCUAUCCUUACUUGUCUUUCUUCAACUUCUGCUUGUUGCCUCUAUCUUUGAAAGGGCCACUGCACAAGGCUUGAAAAUUGGCUUCUACCAGCAUACUUGCCCAACAGCAGAAAAUGUCAUCAAGAAGACAACAUCUAAGUACAUCUCUCGAUUUCCAACUCUUGCUGCAGCUCUCUUGAGGAUGCAUUUUCAUGAUUGUUUUGUCAGGGGAUGUGAUGGUUCUGUUCUAUUGAACUCAACAAGUAACAACCAAGCAGAGAAAGCAGCCAUUCCCAAUUUGAGCCUAACAGGGUUCAAUAUCAUUGAUUUUGCAAAAUCAGAAGUGGAGAAGAUAUGCCCUGGUGUUGUAUCAUGUGCUGAUAUCUUGACUUUGGUAGCAAGAGAUGCUGUAUCCAUGAUCAAUGGACCAUAUUGGAAUGUUCCAACAGGCCGAAGAGACGGAAAAGUGUCAGUAGCCUUGGAGGCUUUAACCAACUUACCUCCUCCUUUUGCUAACAUAACAACUCUUAAAGCCAUGUUUGCCGUAAAGGGUUUAAAUGCCAAAGACUUGGUUGUUUUGUCAGGAGGACACACCAUUGGAAGGGCUGCAUGUGCUGCCUUCAACAAUCGGUUGUACAAUUUCACUGGAAGAGGAGAUGCAGACCCCUCAUUGGAUCCUAACUAUGCUGCAAACUUAAGGAAAAAAUGUGGGCCAACUGAUUUUAGCACAACAGUGGAAAUGGACCCUGGCAGCUACAAAACAUUCGAUGAAGAUUACUACACUCUUGUAGACAAAAGAAGGGGCUUAUUUCAAUCUGAUUCAGCUCUCCUUAAUGAUCCUAAGACUAAGGCCUAUGUCAAAUUACAGGCAACCACACAAGGCUCUACUUUUGCUAAGGAUUUUGCUGAAUCUAUGGUAAAGAUGGGCAACAUUGGAGUUCUUACUGGAAAUGCUGGUCAAAUUAGGAAGCAUUGUGCUUUUGUUAAUUGAUUGAUGUAUCAUGUGUCAACAAUUUUUUAAUUUAAUAAGCAAGUUUAUAUGAGUGAAAUAUUUUGGAAUAUUUGAUGUUUCAAAGUAUAAUUGCUGCAACAAUGGGUGGCAAGAUGUAAAAAGUAAGAAUAACAUAUGGUUAAGAAUAAGUAAAUCUUGUAUGAUUUAAUGUAAACAAGUCAUGAAUGAUUUAAUGUAAACGGAAGAAAGAUUUUGUGAACCAUAAAAAAAAAUGAGUGGAUGUAAUAUCUUGAAUGCGAAUAUGUAUUUCUUUACUCAUUACAUAUAUUUGCAAGUGAAUUAGAAUCAUUGGGAUUUUAUUUUGCAUUUUCUUUAUCAAAAUUUGAUGUGAAAUGAAUAAAAAAAAAAAAGGAAAAACGAGGUUCCCAUUUUUUUUAAAGCAAAUAUAAAACUUUUAUUAAUUUGUUAAAUCAGCCAAAAGAUAAGAUUAUACCUCAACAAAAAUAUCACCUAUGUUGAACACUUGAUUUGGAAAAGAAUAAGAUGCUCCAACAAGACAAUAAAAAACUAUAUUAGC